UAAUGUUUUUUUUUUUUUUUUUUAGCGUCAUAGCGUCUGCUGCACUGAGUUGGCGUGUGAUGACACGCUUCGCACCGGAGAUUCUCGUCGCGUAUCACUUCUUGUACUAUUUGUAGUGUAUCUUGAAUGGGAAAUCAUGAAUAUUGUGUCGCCUACAUGGCGGAAAUCCAGUUCACCGUGCUUCGUCCACAAGCUUCAUCUUAAGUGGCUUCUAUCGUGAUGCCGACUCCAGUUUGAGACCAGUGCAUCGCUUGUUUCGAGUGCCGAGCAAUGGGUGUUCACGGCCUGUGGCAAGUAGUGGAGGCUGCGGGAAAGCCAAUCGCCCUCGAAACGUUAGAGAACAAAGUUCUCGCCGUCGACGUGAGCUUAUGGCUUCAUCAGGCCGUCAAAGGAUUCCGUGAUGCCCAAGGAAGUCCCGUGGCCAAUGCGCACUUGUUGGGGUUGCUUCAACGAGUUUGCAAGCUUCUAUUUUACGGAGUUAAACCCGUCUUCGUCUUCGAUGGAGGCGUGCCACAGCUUAAGAAACAAACUCUGGCUGCUCGUCAGGAAAGGCGUACAUCUGCACAAGAAAGUGCGCAGCGCAAGGCUAGACUACUGAUUUUGAAGGCCCGGCAGAGAGGGUCGAAACGACCAGCGCCCAAGGCACCGGUAGAUGACCUGUAUGUUUUGCCACCUCUGCCAGAACACUGGAACAAAUUAUAUAAAGUCGAGGAUGAUGAUGAAGACUGGCACAAGGAAGAUGCUCUCUGGGAGUUGGCAUCACUUGACUGUGACUCAAAAGAAUUCGCAGCCCUUCCAGCCGAGAUGCGUCACCGAGCAUUGAUUGCCAUGCAGCAUCAUCAUCGCUGGCGUCCCACGAGGGCACCUGAGGACUCUGAGGAUUUCUCUGCCUACCAGCUGCGGGGCCUUUUGCGCAAGCGUACACUGCAGCAGCGUGCUGCAGAGGCUCGUCAAGAAAUGAAGCCUGAGCCAUUUUUGUGGGGUGAAGAGGCCCACGUCAGUCGAGUUGCCUCCCAGGCCAACACUCACCAGGUCAUUGUGAACACCAGCCCCACCAAACGUGCACUGCGAAUGAAAAGUGAGCAGGGUGAUGUAGAUGAUUGUCCUGCUAAGGACGAGAACACGGCCAGCCAAGUAGAAAAGAAUGAUGCUGGCUCAGGUGACGUCGUCGGCAAAAACACAUCUUUGUCGAUACAAGACCCGGCUGUUCUAAAGUGGCUUUCUGAAGAGUGCUCUCCAAACAAAGCCACUCAGGAGAGUUCUAUAACAACCAGGAAUUUGUAUGGUGCCGAGUCCAGCAAAACACACCACACAACCGUAAAGUCUACUGUCAAGCGGGUGGUGGACUUGGCAGAUGAAUCUGACGAGUCAAGCAAACAGAAUACGAGUCGCGAGGAUGGCCUAGCAAGUCGUGCAAGGCAGGCCAGUGAACAGGCACAGCCAAAUGCUACGGACACCUCUGGAGAAGCCAACGGAGUGCGCAGGCAGCCUGAAAGGAGUGAAGAGAGCACAAACAUUUCCUCAGCACUGCCAUCAUUAGCUGUAGACUCGUCACUUCCCACAACACCUGUAGCCGAGGGACCUGUAGCACAAUCUGCGGAUCGAUUGGCUUUCCCAAGUGACAGGGUUAAAAGCACGGACGAGCAACAAGUCUCGACUGAACAAGAUAAUGAUGCUGCUUCAGAUGGGUCGGGAACACAGGAUAAGAAAAUGAGUUCUUUCGACAUCGCUGGGAAGCCUAAAGAGUCGGAAGAGGCUGGCAACAUUGUGCUCUCAGACGAGGAUGAGGAAGAAAAAGACGAGGAUCUGCUUGCAGCUAUUAGGGCCUCCUUGUCCGAGCAGCAGAAGGAGGACACUGGUGAACAGCCUACAACCAGCAGUGGCAGUGAAAAAACCAGCUUCUGGAAGCCUCCUAGAACUGAAGAAGAGAAACGAGAGCUUCAGAUGAGAGAGCAGGAGCUGGAACAAGAGGCGGCUCGCCAACAACGCCAUGCAGCAAGCCUCAAUGACCUGCUUGUGAAGGAAUGUCAGGAGCUUCUUGCACUGCUGGGCCAGCCGUAUGUGGUGAGCCCUGGGGAGGCAGAAGCCCAGUGUGCGUGGCUGGAGCAGAACGGACUUAGCCAAGGGGUCGUGACGGAUGACAGCGAUGCCUGGCUGUUUGGGGCCCAAUGCGUUUAUCGUCACCUGUUCCGCCCUGACCGGCGUCCCAUGCGCUUUUUGAUGAGAGACCUUGCCUCACAGUUUGGCCUCGACCGUCAGAAGAUGGUGGCCUUUGCUCUGCUGUGUGGCAGUGACUACACUACAGGCGUUAGUGGUGUGGGGCCUGUAACUGCCAUGGAGGUGCUCAGCGAGUUCAAAGGAGGGGACGCUGUUUCGCUCCUGGACGAAUUUCGCACAUGGCUGGAGAAAGCCAAGGAAGAAAAAGUCCAGCCAGGCAGCAAGACACGGUCGCACCUGGUGCGCCUCUCUCUGGAGCCUGGCUUCCCUAGCAGCCGGGUGGCGCAGGCGUACCUUGAGCCCACCGUGGACGACUCACGCGAGACUUUUUCCUGGGGCACUCCGGAUCUGGAUGCCUUGCGGACUUAUGCAAACCAGAAACUUGGCUGGAGCCAGGAAAAGCUGGAUGACCUUUUAUUGCCAGUGCUGAAGCGUAUGGGUGUAAAGCAAAAACAGACUCGUAUGGAGCAAUAUCUGGAGGCGUGCCAGGCGCCACCUAAACCCAAGCUGUUCCCAAGCAAGCGUCUCACUAAGGCCGUGGGCAAGCUGGCACCCUCUAAAAGGGCCAAGAUUGAGGAGCCACAGCUCUCUGAAGACAGCGACUCAAGCUAGCAGCAGAAGCAGCAGCAAAAAUGCACCCUCAUUGGACAGUGUGACGACACAUUGAGUAGAGGGCGUCAGUCAGUGAAUGUGCCCCCUGUGUUAAAAAAAAAAAAGACAGCAGACAUUGCCACUUGCAAUUCAAAAUGAAUUUUAAAAGGAAAUGCAGUUGAAAUGUAUUGUCACAGAAACACAUUACUCACUGGAGCACAUGUCAAUAAGUGUCACUAAUUACAAUUUGUCAGUUAGUGCACAAUGUAAAGGGGCCCUGCCACACCUUCUGAAUGUGGUCAUAAAACGCUGCCGAUCGGUGGUCAAGGCUCCCAAGAACAUGCGGAGCCAAGCGUUAAAGAGCAGCACACAGCCUGGAAUUAAUGAUGCAUUUUCCAAGUUGGCUG